UGCUGGCCGGCGCCGGGAGCGCUCUGGAUUGGCUCCAGGCGCAUAAAGGCUGGCGGUCAGUGUGCGCGCCGCUGCUGCCAGAGACACUUCUGCGCUUCCAGAAGGGCAAGAGACGCACAGAACACACCGGCGCUAAUGAGCUGGGGACUAUUCUGAGACUUCACAGGUUUUUGGUAUCGUUCUUGCACUUUUAAACUGUUUGCGAGGAAGUCAUCACGUGCUGUGGAUUUUACUUUUUUUCUGAGAUCAUGAACUUAAGUGUUAUACGCUGAAAUCUUCAUUCACGGAGUUUUAACCAGCGGGAUUUCUAAAUUUAAAGGUAUCUAUUUGGACAACAGGACUCCAUUUGCGUCUCUGAUAUGGGACUUUAAGUUUAUACUUCUCAUAUCGUCUUUCCUGGAGUGAAUUUGGCUGGUUUAAAACAUUUACGCUCUUCCAGAAAUGGUGGGGCAUUUACAUCUGCAAGCUAUGGAUGAGAGUUUGAAAGGAAAGAACCGGGAGGGACUGCUUGAUAGUCCGGAUUCAGGACUCCCGCCAAGCCCCAGUCCACCCUUCUACUCUCUGUCACCAGGGAUCCUCGAGUCACGCUCCAGCAGCUGCUCAGCUCCAAAUGAGCUGCAAGGAUACUGCAGAAAGGAGAGCCGGGAAGGCAAACUGCUGCCAUACUUGCUCCUGAACUCUCAAGGUCCAGAUGCAAAGUCACGCAUGUACCCUGUGGUCUAUGGAGAGAGCAUCGAGGUUAACCCCAAACCAGAAAAAGAGAUCAAGUUCAACUCUGCGGUGAAGUACGCUUCAGACAGACACUUCCGUGACCAGGUGUUCUGCGCCCAGGUCCCGACCGCCACAUCCUUCAGCGAGACGGUGGUGGCCGUUCAGAACUGCACGUGGCGCAGCUACAAGUCAGAGGUUCACUUCGAGCCACGUCACAGGCCACUACACUUCCAAAGCACCACCAUCGUGUUCCCCAAACACACCCGGAAUACAUACCGCACCACGCUGAACUACAACGGCAACAGAAACGCAGCCGGGCGCCGGCGGUUUGUGUCCACAGUCAGGCUGGAGUCCACCGAGGACGCCAGUCCAUGCAUCAUUUACACAGAAGACCUCUGAGAGACACAUAGGAGAGAUGUGUUAUCCUUCCCAAAAUUGGUUAGAGAGCUACAGUGAGAGUACAUGGACUAAAACCCCGAUCCAACGACGGAGGCUCAGUGAGGGUCAUUUUGUUGUGACGCUUCCAGUAACAUUGGUACUUGAUGUUGGAGAUGAGCUGGAGUUGAGUGUGUGUUUGUGGUCUUUACAUAUGUUUUACGUGUCAGUAAUGUUUUUAUGUACAUCUGGAGAUUUUUUCUUUUAAUUUUAAUAUCCAGUCGUACCAGUCAGGUGGAGGGAAAAGCAUUUGGGGCAAAACAGUUUCUGCCGUUUGCUGAUUCACAGGCCCGCGAGGAAUCUAAGCCCACAGAAUUCCACUGAAAGUUCCGCAGAUUUACACAGAACUCAGAAGAAUGUCAGUUCCAAAUUCCAAAAAUUUAAACCACAAGGGUAUAGAUCUUAAUAAAUCUUUUUAUUAGUCAUUAACUGUCUGGUUCUAAAAUUUAGCUUGGUUUUAUUUUUUGUUUGAAUACUUUGGCUAAUUUAAAAGAUUCUAUGUGGGCCUACUUUUAUUGUCUUAGUAUUGCUGAUUUUUACAAAUUCUCAAACAGGAAAGAGUUAAUAAUUAAAACAAAAUGCAUAAGCACAUUAUAUGUGGACAAGAGCGCAAAGUCAUUAGACCUUAGUCAGGUUAGAUACUGUAUGAAAUUUAACACAAUGUCAAAAAUGAAUCAUGAUUAAGGUUUACUGGCAUUAACCUGUAGACUAUCAGAACUGGCUGAGGAAAUAUAAACUGCAUUAAAUUGCACUUAUGUAAAGUUGUUGUUUUGUUUUGGCUGUAAAUGUGUUGGUAUGACUAAGGACAGAUCAACGUGUAGGAGCACUUGAAAGGUUGGACCAAAGAUUCUGUAAAAUUCAGAGAAAGGGAAAUACAACCUUAAAUAUUUCCUCCCUUUCUGUUUGUACCUCAGAAAACGUGGAAUAAGAGUUUCAGAAAACGCCCGACGUGCUAAUAAUUCAGUGGCCAAAAUAAGAGCUGCACUCACAGAACGACAGGAAACAGAAGGUUGUAUUUGAAAUAGCCGGACUGAGCAUGUGUUAGAAGAGAGAAUUCAGCGUAUUCUGAUCUCAGAUGCUGGAUUUGUGAGACAGGUUUAAUCUCUGAACCGAGACGAGCUUCUUUGACCUUCUGAAGCCUGUACGGUUGUCAGAGGUAAUGAGUCAUUUCUGACAUUUUUCGGAGCCAGUUUGUCCCAGCCAAUAUCUAGAUUACCAAACUGAGCUCCUGUCUCCUCCAGCGAGUGUAUUUCCUCUUUUGUGGAGCAGAGCUGUUGUUGUUUAGGGAUGUGAUGAGAUGUAACGGAGCAGAGAUUUUGGCAUUAUGGAGGUGUAAGUACUUCAUGUCUGUCUUAUGUCUGGACUAUACUCUAUCAAUUCUGUAAAAGCUGAAGUGGGUUUUGUAAAUUUGGAUCCUUACCUCAUUCGUUUUCUUUUUUUAAAUUUCUGAUUUUAUAUACUGUAUUUUUCGGACUAUAAGACGCACCUGAGUAUAAGUAGCAUCAGUCCAAAAAUACGUCAUGAUGAGGAAAAAAACAUAUGUAAGUCGCACUGGACUAUAAGUCGCAUUCAUUUAGAACCAAGAACCAAGAGAAAACAUUACCGUCUACAGCCGCGAGAGGGCGCUCUAUGUCUUCAGUGUAGACUACAGGAGCACUCAGCAGUAUAGAGCGCCCUCUCGUGGCUGUAGACGGUAAUGUUUUCUCUUGGUUCACGUCUCUCGGUUCAUGUCAAAUUAAUUUUGAUAAAUAAGUCGCACCUGACUAUAAGUCGCAGGACCAUCCAAACUAUGAAAAAAAUUGCGACUUAUAGUCCGGAAAAUACGGUAAUAGAGAUCUUCUGGUGACUGGAAAUAGAAAAAAACGAUGACAGAGUAUGUUUCCAUCUGGUAUGAGGAUGUGUUUGAGUUUUGAGAGGAAAAGCUUGACAGUACAAAUCAAAAGAGUUUAACUAGUGUAAUACAGGAAACUAGUGCAUGUGUAUUCCAUGACACGAUGAAAAAAAUCACCAGGGGGUUGAUAAGAGAUUAAAUUACAGGAAGGCAUGGCUGAGAAAUGACUUCCUGUUCACUCAAGAUGGACAUUUGAUAAGUUGAUAGAGGAAUGUUAGCAAUGUGUUGAAAGCAGAUCCGAGGGGAGGUGUUUUAUUUUUUCCACAUGUAUUAAAUUUGAUGAUUACAUUUGUUUGGUGUACAAAUACUUUCCGCUAACAGAUGGAUUUUGUUUGAUUUCCUAACACAGUGAUUUGUGUUUUUGUAAAAUACUUUCCUGUUGUAUAUGUGGCAUACAGCACUCAUAAUUCUCUUUAUAUUUUUGUAUAAUUCCCAAUUUAAUGGUCUUCUUUUGGACAACAGAUGAGAAAAUUAUUUAAGAAAAAAAAAGGUGUAUAUCCAAACCGAUUAAAUAAAAGCCCCAAACCCUACAA